UUGAGGAGUAUUUCUGUUCAAACCAUUCACAGAAUAAACGCCUCUGACUCGGGGUUCACUUUAGGAGAACAGCCGACUUUUUUAAAGUUCAAAGGCCCAACUUUGAAACUAGAACACGACUUUAUACAAAUCAAUGCUGAGUUCUCCAACGGAAUGAUUCAAAAGGAUUUUCAUGCACAAGUUGUCCCGAAGCAAGAGGUAUUGCAACGAACUGCUUCCCAGAGAACUGGUUUACCCUUCAAUGUCAUAAUCUUGGCGUUAGAUCAGACAUCACAGGCAACUUUCCAACGUCUCCUACCAGAAUCGUUCAAGUUUCUUCGCGAUGAGCUCCAAUCGUUUAUUUUCGAGGGAUUUUCUCUCGUGGGAGAGGCGACCACACCCCAACUCACAGCGCUAUUAACUGGGAAGACUGUGGAGGAGAACUGUAAAUUACACGAAGCACGAAUUGGAUUCGACAACGCUAAGUCUUUAGACGAGUGGCCCUUCAUUUUCAACACCUUCAAGGAGCAUGGGUAUGCUACAAUGUUUAGCGAAGAUGCACCAUCAAUUGCAACUUUUAACAUGAGACUCAAAGGUUUCAACAAACCACCCGCGGAUCACUACGCGCGGCCCUUUUGGUCAGCGGUGCCGCACAACUCUGACAGUGGACUUCAUGCCUUCUGUAUCAAUGCACAACCACAGCACAUUAUUCAGCUUGAAUACCUGAAAAGCCUGUUUAGAGCUUAUCCCGGGACACUCAAGUUUGGAUUCACUUUCGUGAGCAGUUUGUGCCAUCAUGAAUCAAUCAUGCCACUUGGAUCAGCUGCUAAAGACUUUUUAAAAUUUUUUCAAGCCAUCCGCGAUUCUGGAUCUUUGAAUGAUACGUUUUUUGUUGUCAUGGGAGACCACGGGGCGAGAACGGGGGAGUUCCGCUCCACAAUUCAGGGUAAACUGGAGGAGCGUUUGCCGCUCCUAUCCAUUGCACUUCCUUCUAAAUUCCAUUUUAAGUAUCCAGAACUUGUGAAGAAUCUCAAGCAUAAUACAAAAGUCAUUACCUCACCUUUAGAUCUACACGCAACCUUUAUGCACUUAUUGAAAUACCCUGCCGACCCAUCGAAUUCUGAUCUUACCCGAGGGACAAGCCUCUUUUCAGCGAUCCCUCGGAAUCGAUCCUGCCAAGAUGCUAUGAUUCCCGAGUAUUUCUGCCCAUGUGUCCAGUGGUUGCCUCUCAAUACUACUCAUGCGCACAUUCGCAUAAGUGCAAUGCGCGCCGUCGACUUCAUAAAUAAUUUACUUACGGAGGUUGGUCAUCUUUGCGAGGAGCUAUCAGUGAAUGACAUUAUAAGUGCAUGGCAGGAAAUGUCCAGCAUUAAAGUACAAACUUUUGAUGGCAUUGAGAACGGGAUGGGUUUAGGAUUUGGUAAAGCAAACUUUGAAUCCACAUCGAUGCCCAAUGAAUGCACCUAUCAGCUUAGAUUUCGAACAAAGCCUGGUUACGGAGAAUUCGAGACAUCGGUUAAAAUUAUCGACGGGAAAUUUAUAGUGAGCGAACACAUCAGCCGUAUUAAUAUUUAUGGUUCCCAGCCUAACUGCAUCAAGGCUUCACACCCGCAUCUUAGAAAAUAUUGUUACUGCAGCCACCAGGGCUGAAAGCUUGUCUACCUGCAGGUAACAAUUGUAGUUUAUGUUUAACAAGCUUCUCACUACGUAUGAUACACGAUCCUCGCAGUAGAGAGCG